AUUGGAUGGAAAAAUGUGCCUGUUAUUGCAGUAGAGACACAUGGAAGCAAUGCAUUCCAGGCAUCAGUUGUUGCAGGCAAAUUGGUCACUUUACCUAAAAUAUCUACCAUCGCUUCAGGACUAGCGGCGAGUACAGUCAGCUCAAAAUCAUUAGAACUGAGUUUGGUGCAUCCUGUAGUACCAUUUGCUGUCAGUGAUGCUAUGGCUGCUGAUGCAGUAAGACUGUUUGCAGCAGAGGACACAAAAAUGAUUGUAGAAGCAGCAUCCGGAGCAGUUUUAUCAUUAUGUUAUACCCAACUUAUCCGUGAUAUUUUACCAUCUCUAGGACAAGAAUGUGAUGUUGUAGUUUUGGUAACUGGUGGAUCAGAUAUAAGUCUGUCACAACUAGACGAGUACCGAAAGAAAUUCUAUCGACCACCAGUGAUUGUUAAAAGUGGCGGUGAAGUGUUCUUGAAAAUGGAUGACAAGCUGACGCAUAUUCAGAGCGUAGAUAUGAGUGAACCAUUAGGUAUCUCUUCUGAUAACCUGACUAAAAUUAACCAAGGUCAUAAACAGAAAGUAAAAGAAUCGAAUAGACAACAACGGUUGCAGCAGCAGCAAGAACAACAGAAAUUAGUCGCUGAUACACCUAUGGAAGAUUCUUUUCAAGUCAGUACACAAGAGGAAGAGGAAGACAUGCUUAUUGUAAACGCAUCUCCAUCAGACAAUACCUUAUAA